UAUAAGUAUCCGCCUGCCGUAUUCGCCUGAUCGCAAUUCUAAAUUCAAAUCAUUCAAAACAAAUCUCCGCCGGGAGUGAACGUGUACAAUGUUGAAAAACAAAAGUUAUGUGUACGGAAGAUCAGACAGAUAUGUGCUAGCAACAUUGCAUUUUGGUGAAUAUUUGCUGAAGAAAAUAUGGCAGAAUAAGGAUGUUGUUGCAUUGAUAAACGGUGCAACAGAUGAGAAGCUAUUUUAUGGCGAAAUAGCUCAAGACGCUAUGAAUUUGGCCGUGUCUCUGGUCCGCCUGGGAGUCAAGAAAGGAGAUGUCAUAGCGUUGAGCUCGGAAAAUAGGCGGGAGUAUUGGAGCUCAGUCAUUGGCUGUAUUUGUGCUGGGACAACUGUCACCACCAUCAACUUAACUUAUACCAAAGAUGAACUAAAACAUGUUAUGAACAUUGGCAAACCUAAAUACUUGAUCUGCUCGCCAUACGCGUACAAGGCACAUGAAAAGUCCUACAGGAGCCUCGGAUAUUUAAAAAAGAUAAUAGUCUAUGGUGCAGAGAAACAUAGAGCAACUAUACCGUACAGCGAUCUGACAGUUCCCAAUGCCACAGAUGCAAAAUGGGGGCUUACCGAAAAUAUAAAAUAUGACGAUUUUUUACCGGUGGAAGUAAAUGGUUAUGAUACAGUGUUCUUAUUGUAUUCGUCGGGAACGACAGGUUUGCCAAAAGGGGUUAUGCUGUCGCAUAUAAGUAUACUCACGUGUUGCUCGCCUACUGACGAAGCUCCUCCUCUCGUAAGCCUGGUGAUAACACCUUGGUACCACACGAUGGGUCUUGUGACUUGCAUGAUUAAUUUCUGUCGAGGACGAACUAGUGUAUAUCUGCAGAAGUUUGAAGUCGAGCUGUAUAUGAAAACAAUCGAGAAAUACAAGAUUGAAGUGCUGGGUGUGGUUCCACCAAUUCUGGUCGCGCUCUGCAAAUCUAACCUUCAAUAUGAUACCAGCUCUGUGAUGCUAGUGACCUGCGGGGCAGCGCCCCUCUACGAGGAAACUGCCGAGGCUGUUAAAAAAAGGUUUCCCAGUGUUAUGGCAGUGCUUCAAGGUUACGGAAUGACGGAGUCAACCCUGAUCCUCACUUUCAAUGACAACACUGAGAAGAUUGGCAGCGUUGGAACUGUGAUGGAACACGUUGUUCUUAAGGUUGUCCACCCAGAAACCCGUGAAGUACUAGGACCGAAUAAAGAAGGAGAGAUUUGUGCAAAAGGUGUGCCAAUGAUGAAGGGAUACUUGGGUAAGGAUAGGAAAGAAGACUUCGAUGAUGAAGGAUUCUUCAGGACUGGCGACAUGGGCUACUAUGAUGAGGAGGGGUGCUUCUAUAUCGUGGACCGACUGAAAGAACUUAUUAAAUAUAAGGGUUAUCAAGUUCCUCCAGCAGAAAUCGAAGCUGUUCUGCUGAAACAUCCUGGCAUCAGAGAUGCAGGGGUAGUCGGGAUCCCGGACACAGCGGCUGGAGAGCUCCCAGCUGCUUUCGUCGUGCUACAACCUGGUGCAGCUUUGACUGAACAAGACAUUAAGAACUAUGUUGCUGAAAAUUUAUCGAAUCCAAAGCAUCUUCGUGGCGGAGUUAGGUUCUUGAAUGAAAUACCUAAAAAUCCCUCCGGAAAAAUAUUGAGAAGAGAAUUGCGGAAAUUGGUGAAGUCAAACAAAAGCAAGCUGUGAUUUUAUAUUAAUUAAUUAAACUGUUUUAUUAAGAUAUUUAUUGUGGGAGGUGCAAUGGUGGUUUUUAAUUUAUAAUAACUUUUAGUGGAUAAACCGAGGUUAUUGUUUUAAACAGAAUCUGCGACUUUUUUCACUUAAUAGUAUUUCGUCACAAAAUUUUGGGGGCACGGGACCUUAGUCACAAUACAGUAACAGAACAGUACUUUAACUUCAUACUAAAGCGCCACAUAGACAUACACAAGAUUUACUUAAUCGCUAAGCAAUCUUGGGAAGACAUAACUAUUGAGUUCCUCGCCGUACGCCGCCGAGACUGGUCGUUAUCCGAAUUAAAUUAUCUGCGCCGCGCCGUCCUCGUCGUCAAUCUUUUUGUAUGUACCAACCGCUCUCUGCCCAGACAUAGGUAUAAAUUUCAAGGAGACCGCUGAGUUACGCUACUGUUCUGGCAUAAUACAAGUACUAACUUGUAUUAUGCCUCAUUGCUACUUCUAAAUAUAACGACGCGUGUCAUUAAGACCGUGAAUUUGACUUUGAAUACAGAAAUUCACUCAAGUUAUUGUAUUUAUAUGUUAUUUGUAAAUUAAAAAUAUUGAAAAAAUAUUUCUGUUUUAAUUAAAAUUUUUUUCAAUUAUUGCCAUUUAUUUAAAUAUGUAUUUCUUUUAGAUAAUAUAUAUCUAUUGUCUAGAUCAUAGUUUUUUAACCUUAUUUUGCUCAACGCCCACUUUGAGAAUAUGUUUUUUUCUAUAGUAUUUUCGUGUAUUUUUUUGCCUUUUUAGACUAUAUUUUUUAAUCUACCCACGCCCCAUCUGCGCCAUCUCAAUGCCCCCUAAUUUUCUCUGGUUCUUCUACUGCCCCCCCGAAAGUCUCAAACGCCCACAAGGGGGCGUUAUCGCCCACGUUGAGAACCUAUGGUCUAGAUAGAGCCUCUUGCUGUUAGGCAACGCAUGACAAUAGGCCAGGUUUAGUGUGCGUGACAGCUACGUACUACAUUCGCGAUGCUCCACUUUGUUUUAGUGUGUGUGAGUUUGCUGAAAACAGAGACUAACAGGUCCCCGAUAUUUUUUCUGACGUGCUGUUUUGUUUGUCACAGUCUCUCUAGACCAGUGCUUCCCAACGUUUUUUAGGCCAUGCCCCACCUUAACAUUUCUAAAAUUUUUAUGCCCCGCAUACAUAAUUUUAAACCUUCAAAAAUUGGUCUCCUUGAGAAAUAUAAAUGAUAAGUAUUAGGAAGUUGUCACUAUAAAAUUGUAAUCAAAACAUCGUUAGUAAAAUUUCAAAACAUAAAGGGUAAUGAAAAACUGAAA